UUUGUUUCCACGUUGCACUAUUUGACUCUUUAGCCUAAAACUAAACGUAUUAUUCGUUAAUGUGGACUUUACAUUAUAGCACACUAUGCGUCAUUUCGGGUCACAGUAGAACACCUUUAAAAAAGACAGAUUCGACGAAAUCCCAUCCUUUUAUUUUAUCUUUUAUUUUUUGCGUAACGUGAUUUGGCAUUAGUUGUUACAUAGAUGUAAGUUGUAAACUGAGAAGAUGGGAAAUGUUCCAUCUUGUACGCUGGAAAGCGGAAAAGGGGCUCGGAAACUUUGGGAAUGCCUUUCUUUUCCUUUUUUUGGGUGGUAACUUGGACUGCUGACGCGUCCGGCAGCUCCCUGUACUCCUUCCUUGUUUCCUUCCAGAAGAAGGCGAAGGAGAAGCGGUACAUUCGGAGCUCGUUCCGCCAUGUUGCUGCGCUCCCUCGCGUGUGUCCUCUUAGGUGUUUUGGUGUGGCCGGCCCGAUGCUACUUUUCCGAGGAGAGAUAUCCCGAGGAGUCGCGAAUGCAGCCUCCGACGGUGGUGGUCGCCAUCAUAGCCAGGAACGCCGCUCACUCGCUGCCCUACUACCUCGGAGCGCUGGAGAGGCUCGACUACCCCAAAAAUCGCAUCUCGGUGUGGGCAGCCACAGAUCACAAUGCAGAUAACACCACAGCUAUGCUGAAAGAGUGGCUCACUGUCAUGCAGAAAUUCUACCAUUAUGUGGAGUGGAGACCGAAGGAGCAACCUGUGUCCUACGCGGGGGAGCUGGGCCCAAAACACUGGCCUAACACCAGAUACGAGUAUGUGAUGAAGCUAAAGCAGGCGGCGCUCAACUUCGCCAGGAAACGCUGGGCUGACUACAUCCUGUAUGCAGACACCGACAACAUCCUCACCAACCCUGACGCACUCAAUCUGCUGAUAGCUGAGAACAAGUCAGUCAUUGCUCCCAUGCUGGACUCUCAGGGUGCGUAUUCCAACUACUGGUGUGGAAUAACGCCACAGGGCUAUUAUCGAAGGACAGCAGAGUACUUCCCCACCCGCAACCGCCACCGGUUGGGCUGUUUCCCCGUACCAAUGGUGCACUCCACCAUGUUGCUGGAUUUAAGGAAGGAGGACAUGAAGAAACUGGCUUUCUACCCUCCUCACAAGGAGUAUUCCUGGCCGUAUGACGACAUCAUCGUCUUCGCCUUCUCUUGCCGAGCUGCCGCGAUCCAGAUGUAUCUGUGCAACAAGGAGCGCUACGGCUACUUGAAUAUCCCGCCCAAGCCUCAGCACACUCUGGAGGACGAUCGCCUCAAUUUCAUCCAUCUCCACUUGGAGUCCAUGAUCGACGGUCCUCCCAUGAAGCCCUCCCGACACGUCCACACGUUCCCCAAGCAGAGAGACCUCAUGGGCUUUGAUGAGAUUUACCUGAUUAAUCUGCGCCGUGCCCUGAAUAGCAGUGACAUCAAGAUUCUGGGUGUGGACUUACUACCAGGCUACUAUGAUCCGUUCUCAGGACGCACUCUCACUAAAGGAGAGGUGGGCUGCUUUCUCAGCCACUUCUACAUCUGGAAGGAGAUGGCGGACAUGCAGCUGGACAAGGCUCUGGUGCUCGAGGAUGACGUCCGCUUCCAGGCAAACUUUAAGCGACGAGUCCUACGGCUGAUGGAGGAGGUGGAGCAGGUGGAGCUGGACUGGGACCUCAUAUACUUCGGCAGGAAACAGGUGAACCCUGGGAAGGAAGAACCGGUGGAGGACGUCCACAACCUGGUGGUGGCCGACUACUCCUACUGGACCCUCUCAUACGCCAUUUCCCAGCAGGGGGCCCAAAAGCUGCUCAAUGCCGAGCCACUUUCCAAGAUGCUGCCUGUCGACGAAUUCCUCCCCAUCAUGUACGACAAACAUCCCAACGAGGCCUACAAGUCCCACUUCCCCAACAGAAACUUACAAGUGUUCAGCACGUGGCCGCUGCUGGUGCAGCCCUGCCACUACGCCGGCGACCCCCAGUGGGUGAGCGACACCGAGACCUCCACGCUGUGGGACGAUGAUGCGGUGCGCACCGACUGGAGGGGCUCCCACAAGACUCUAAAGGGGGGUGUACCGCCACCCGAGAUGCUGUCGGCCUCCUACAGGGACGAACUCUAGAGCGCCGGGAGACGAUAGAGAAGUGAAUACUGUCGGGACAAAGUGUUCUCACAAUCAACCCUGUGUCAUGUGGACCACCCUGUGCCAUUUAAAGGUGGACUUUCAUGCAAAGCGUGUUAGUGAUGACAUGGCAUAGGUGCAUGGUGGUAAGGUUGUCUGUUUUUUUAUUUGUGUUUAUCAGGGACUGGUGUUCUUACGACUUGCACAUAAACACAUUGUCUACCGAUAAAAAGACAUUCUUAACAUUCUGAAUGUGGGAUUUUGACAAACUAUUCAUUAAUUUGUUCAUGACCAAAUGUACCUCAUACAACCCCAAUUCCAAUGAAGUUGGGACAUUGUGUUAAACAUAAAUAAAAACAGAAUACAAUUAUUUGCAAAUCAUGUUCAACCUAUAUUUAAUUGAAUACACUAC